AUGGUAAAGUUCUUCUCCCAAUUUGAGGAGGAGGAGGAGGACUAUCAAGAUGACUAUAGCGGUGGUGGCAGUGGGGGUCGGAAAAAGCUGUUGCAGCGGAUUCGAAAACGCAUGAGCAUCGUGAAUAAGCGAAGCGACGACAACGGUGAAGAGGACGACGACUCGUACCGUCGCGACGAUGAUGAUGAUGAUGAUGAAGAAGAAGAGCAGUAUGAAUUUUUGAAAUGA